CAAACUUUUAUUUAUUUAUGUAGUUUCAACCGUCUUCGAGUCAUAUAGGCUCAUAGCAAACUAACCUUCAUUUUCUUGGUGACAUAUAUUUCAAAUUUGAGCAAUCGAUACAUUACCUCAAAUGUUUCCUUUUUCUUCGCGAGAGGCCUUCUGGCCAGAGCAGAAAUCAAAUAGCCCCUCUCUCAUUCUCUCAUUCAUUCAUAUUCAUUCAUUUAUUCAUUCAUUCAUCCCCCUUAAUCUUCAACCUUUGCAGCAGGGAAUUCCAUCCCAUACCCCCCUUCCUGUUUACGCCUUCAUCUCCGGAUUGAUUGGAAGCAGGCUUUGUUGAGUCCUGAUCGACAAUAAAGUGUUUUUUUCUAAGGAUGGCGGGUGUGAGCUUCAAAUACUGGAAUGACUGUGUGGAUCCUAAAGAUUUGGAAGCAAUGUGGAUGGAACCUGACGUUAGAACUGAAUGGAUAAAUGUUGGAGAGACUAAGGGAUCGAAGGUCCACCUUUCACGUGAUCCCGAUGGCCAUCCUUAUUUAACACAGACGGAGAUGAGGGCCGUUGCAGGAAUCAUUGUCCAAAGGCACUUUGUCUCACAGAUAGAUUCGGACAUGCUUUGUGCAAUUGCUGAGCUUGAAAGUGAUAGGCAGCCUCUUGCGACAAGCUAUAACAAAAAAUAUGAAGAGGUCAAGAUGGGGAUUAUGCAGAUCUCGCCAAAAAUUGCAGAGUGGGUGAUAAGGGAGUUGGAUUACAGGGCCUAUCACACGCUUGAGGACCCAAGACUUCUGUAUAAGCCUUUUCUUAAUGUUUAUCUUGCAGCAGCCUAUCUUAAGUGGCUAUCAAACCUUGACCAGAAGGAAAGAAGUGAAGAGUUCAUGGUUAGGGCUUAUAAAGGUGGUACAAAGAAAGCUACUCACAAGUCAACUUUGCCAUAUUGGAGAAAGUAUCUUUCUGUUAAAGAAAGUCUUCCUUCCAGAAAAGCUUUUGGAGUUGGUCCUUCUCCUAUUAUUAUUACUCCUUCCUUUGAUGCUGCAGUUUCACAUAGCAAAGGACCGGAACCUGUCAAUACAACUUGGGACUCAAGGACUUCCCCUGAAGACAUGGAAGAAAUGUGGAACAAUCCUGAGAUAAACAAAGAAUGGACGAAAUCCAGUGAGAGAAAAGGGAAAGUACGAUUCUCUCAUGAUAUAGAAAAGCAUCCUUACCUUUCUCGGGUGGAACUGAAGGUGAGAAUGCCUGCGGUUGCACAAAUCAUUUUGGCUAAGCACUUCAGCACUAAACAUGUCAAACCUUCUGUUUUAUGUGCUCUCUCUGAGAUGGUUAGCAUGCGGUUCGUGAAUGGAGUUGGACAACGUACAGGACUUAUGGGAAUCGACUAUCCCACAGCACAUUGGCUCUACAAGCAUGGAUGCUACAAAGCUUAUAAGGUUGAGUCAACAGAAGAUCUUACCAAGCCAUUCGUCUCUAUGUACUUUGGUGCAGCCUAUAUGAACUGGUUAUCAGAAUAUGAAGGAAGGGAAAGAGAUCUCCAAUUUGUUGUUCAGGCCUAUCUCUCGGGUCCACAGAAUGUGAACCUUCAAGAAGCGAGUCCUUUGUGGAUUAAGUUUGAAGAAGCAUUGAGCCGAUACCAAGGAACAAGAAGGGAUAACAAUGGCAGCUGCACCAUUAUGUGAAGCUUCUAAGUCGCAUUCGGAUGGAAGAAUUUGUAGCCUCAAAAGGAGGGUUCCUUUGGAAAUGAUUUUCAAAUGAUGAUGACAUUUGUCUUCGUCAAUUACGGUAAAAAUAUAGCUCGAAAUUGGACUUGAGAAUUUCAAAUCCAUUUUAUUACGAAGAUUUGGAAUUCUUGGUUUUCAAAUUCUUUUCAUCGGGAUGGCAAUCUUAGAGUUUCAUGUCAUUCGUACAGAAAUAAUCUACAUGGAAAAAAAAAACGAAGAAAAAAUCUGUCCAAGGCAAAAUGUAUUUAUCAUAGUAGCUUUGCCUAUAUGAAUUGAAGAGCUUGUGUUUGGAGAUAAAAUACUCGAGGUUGAUGUAUUAGGGGGUUUUGGAAGCUCGAGCUAAUGUCAACUUGUUUUAAAUGCUUGGUACCUCAAAAUGAUGCCGACAAUAUAACUUCUUUUUACUCCGCAGGUUUAUUUUAAUACGAGUGGAAGGAGAGUUGCAUAUUUUAUGGUAUAUUGUUG